UUCUUAAAAGGAGAGAGUGAGAGCACAGAGGCAGAUCUCCAGGUCCUGACGCUCUGAACGGAUGCGCGCUGAUCUUGGAGUCUCCAGGCGCGCAGCGGAGGAUUUUGCGCACUGAAACCAAGUGGAGCCGAUGAGCGGGCUGUUGUCUCUGACUGACUGCAGUCUUCUUACUGGGAUGCGGGCUUACUCGGCUGCACGUUGCUGUGCACAACUCACUGCUUAAGCGGAAUAAAGAGGAAGGGUGGGGAAAAACAGUUUAAUUCCGUUUUGGUGGAAACUUAGAGGAGCGCUGCUGUUUACGUCCCAGCUUCUCAGUGGAGACCCAAACAUUCCGACAAAAGGAGACAUUUUGAGAGGAUUGAGGAACUCUUGAUGAUUCCAGCGUGAGGUAUUGUUGCUUUUGCAGAACAGUGAGCUCAGCGAUGCUUCAGCGGAACGCGCGUCUCCCCCUCUCCAAGUCUUCCAGAGAGGAUUUACCCGCCGCGCAUCGUGAAUAAACUCAGAAGCUCCUGAAGAUGAGUCCCCUGCCAACCUUCCUGCUGCUUGUUCUCCUUCACCAGGUCACAUGCAGGAAAGUGCAUGAAGGAGCCACAGAGCUCAUCGAGUGGAGAGGCCGUGAAAACGGACAGAAGAUUCCUCCCAUGGGGCCCAGUCCACGGAUUCUCAACCCCCUGCGUUUGUUUGCCAGGGGCUCCCCCGAGCUCAAGAGCAACACAGGGGGAAUGACGUAUUUACAGCACAUGGAGGACUUUUGGGACUGGUUAUCUAACCAGACAGAUGUUCAGGGUUCACAGACCAGAACUAAGCGCAGACCCAUCGUCAAGACUGGCAAGUUCAAAAAGAUGUUUGGGUGGGGGGACUUCCACUCCAACAUCAAGACCGUCAAACUCAACCUCCUGAUCACAGGCAAGAUCGUGGACCACGGGAACGGCACGUUCAGCGUCUACUUUCGCCACAACUCCACAGGGAUGGGGAAUGUGUCUGUGAGCCUGGUGCCGCCUUCCAAGGUUGUGGAGUUUGAGAUCGCUCAGCAGUCCACGCUGGAGACCAAAGACACCAAAUCGUUCAAUUGUCGCAUUGAAUACGAGAAGACGGACCGCAACAAGAAAACCGCCCUGUGCAACUUUGACCCGUCCAAGGUGUGCUAUCAGGAGCACACGCAGAGCCAUGUGUCGUGGCUGUGCUCAAAACCCUUCAAAGUCAUAUGCAUCUAUAUCGCCUUUUAUAGUGUGGACUACAAACUGGUGCAGAAGGUAUGCCCUGACUACAACUACCACAGUGACACACCGUACUCUUCCACAGGAUGACCUAACUGUUGUAUAUGCAUCAGUCUUUUGUUUUACCUUUAAACUAUGUCAAUGUCCAACUCUAAACUCAUUGUUCUGAACUACCUAAACAGCUUGAUAUGUUGAAGAGUCAGCUCACAAAGGGACAAGUAUACUGGAGAAACUUUUGUACAUAUUGCACAUGUAUACAGAAAUAAAACUUAGUGUUAGGUGUACAAGGACUUUGAAUUUCGGGGUUUACGUGAGAUGCAGCGAUAGCUACGAACCCUGGGUAAAAUCUCAUCACAGCAGCACAUGUUCUUUGAUGUAAUUACCAUGCUGUCCAGAUGUUUGCUUCAAGGCUAAAAUAUGAGAGAGGAGCAUUUGACAGCACUUAUCAAGCUCACCUCGUUUAAAAAGUUGGGAGUUGAAAACUAAGUUUUUGAAUCAUUAGGUUAUUACAAUAAACAAACAUUUGAAACAGGACAUAAAAUAAAAGAAUUCAUUUUAAAACCUUGCUAAAUUUUGAGUAAUUAAGUUAUUUGGCCGUUGCCUUUGAGCUGACUUUCAUGUGUACGUUAACAGAACUUGAAGAGAACAUUCAUUAUUUCAAAUGAGUUUUUUAAGCCUUCAAUAAUUAAUUACAGCCAUUUUUUGUUUUCUUUUUUUCCAAUAGGUAUGGAAUAGAAGCAAAUUGAUUGAUUCAACCUAUUCCAAAUUGUCUGUGACAAAAUAAAGUGGUCCAACAAAUCUAAUUUCAAAGAAACUUGAGAGCACAAUCGUAAAUUAUCACUCAUUAUCACCCGUCCAGAUGUAAAGUGGCGUGCUCUUGUGCUUCCUCCUGAAAACGUCUUGGUUUCGUGCUACAAUUAUCCUAAGGCGUGUGCGUGCUGAGCCACUCUGAAUCCCAACAUCUGUGUUUGCUGGAUGCACUUUGAGGCAUCAGCCUGCCGAGCAAGCCUCACACUGGAUUAAUGUGUCAGGAGAGGAAGGGAGGGAAGGAGGCAAUAAUUGCAGGACAGGUGGAUUUAGUGAGUCUGGCAGACAAUUAUCAGCACUUUGUCAUGGUCCCGCUACCAGCCCUGACAUUACCUGUCUUUAAUAGGCUUUAAUUAGCCUGGGGAAUCCAUUCACCAAGAGUGGAGAAACUGAAGAGAGAGAGAAAAAAACAAAACAAAACGAAGCAGAAGGAAAGAAGGUGUCUGCAUUUUUUUUUAAUCGAGAAGUGGGGAUAAAUUUGAAAUAUCAAGCUUAAUUUUUUUUCACUUGCACAGCAACCCUAAAAUGGCAGAUUUCAGUGUACAAGCAGAAAACAUCCAGUCUAAUGGUGUAAUGUGCUUCGAUCCAGCAAUCACCGAGACAGUUUGGAAAGGUUUUCUUGGAAACCAUCUCCACGUUUAAAUGCCGUGGAUUGCGUUGCUUGCACACAUCCCAGGUUCUCGGGUUAGGGCAGGUGCCACCGAUGACACCGUAACUGUUUCUAUCGAUGCUCCUUUAUUUUUCCAUCAUCUGUAAAUGAUCCUGUUCACAUGAGGUGAUGUGUAUGAUAAAUCAGAGUUGGUAAACAAUGUUUUAGUUUCACUCCUUUGUGCAAAUGCUGUGUAUUACUGUGUAACUCUAAAACUUAACGUGAUCAAUUAUGGCUUUAGAGUUAAUGAUGAUUUUUCCUAAGAAAUAUGUAUUCUCUAUUUUUUGUGUUUUAUCAUAAAUAAUGUAGAUAAAUGUCAUAUUUAUUGCCGUAUAAAUUGCUUUGAAUUUCAUUUUCUUUGUAAAUGCAGAUUAUUCCUAUCUUUUGUCUCCCUUGCUUAUUUUUUUUCUGUAAAUUAGAUAAAAAAGUGCACCUAUCUGUGUAAUUACCAUUUUUUAUAUUAGUAUUCAAAGAAAGCUUUUUUUGUGUGUGUCAAAAUGUGAUGGUAAAGAUCAAUUUAGGUUUGUAUGGCAUUAAACCUCACAUAAAACGGA